AUGCCUGCCGACAGUGGGCCUUCUCUACUGGCACGCGCCCCGGCUCUCCCAACACUGACCGCUUCAAGGCCCAGCAAGCCGCAGCUGACGCCAGGUACAAGGAGGCACAGGCUCAGAAGCAAUCUCUCUUUGCUGAUCUCAGACAUCGAGGCUCAGGCUCAAAAAUACGAAGACUCUACCAAAACAGCGGAUUCGCGAGCUCUUUUCGCUGCCCUGCGCUUCUUUCGGCCUGCGGGGAAGAAGGUCUUCAAAUCAUAUGAGGUGGUACAGACCUAUCAGGCGCAGCAGGAGCUGCAUCGACAGCACUUUGCUGACCAAGAGGCCGGGCACUCUGUCAAGCGUGAGGACUACCUUGCAUUGUGCCAUGGGCCUGCCGCCGAUGGAAAGUAUGACCUUGCUGAGCUCCCUGACCUUCUUGCCAUAGAACAGGCCAUUCGUGAGGCCCGUGAUGGGCGGGCCCCUGGCCCAUCAGGCAUCCCAACCUGUGUUUGGAAAGCUUUCCCAGGCCUAUCGGCCAAUGCCCUGCUCCGGGUAUACAUGAAAGCACACAUGCGCCUGACUGAGCCCAUCCAAUAUCGGUGCACCAAACUCACGGCCCUCAUCAAGAAAGCUGGCCUCGCCGCAAGAGCCGAUAGCUACCGCUCUAUCGCUCUAUUGGACCCGAGCGCCAAGUUUCUACACCGACUGCAAAGGCCAAGACUUCUCAGCGCUCUUGCCGAAACUGCGCAGCCGUUGCAGCAGGGUUGUCUGCCUGGCUCAGUCGCCACUGCCCUUACGCAUGUUCUGCUUGCCAAAAUGCGUGCUGCCCUUGCCACUAAGAAGUCCUUCGCGGUCAUCUUCCUGGACUUGACUGCGGCCUACUACCGGUUGCUGCGGCAGGCGAUUACGGGUGAGCAGAUCAACGAUGAGGUUUUGUGCCAACUUCUGGAACGGCUGCAAGUGCCAGCUCACUAUGUCGCCGAGGUUGCCAACUUUGCCCAACAUGGUCAGCUGUUGGCCUCCUCCUCGCCCCAUCUUCGGCGGGUCCUUGCCUCAACGUAUCGGCACACUCUUUUCGUUCUCGAUGGCACGGACACCCUGACCUACACACAGGUCGGCUCGCGGCCUGGCGACUCUGUCUCUGAUGUGUUGUUCAGUCUCGCCCUAGUCUGUGUCGUUGAUGAGGUGCGCAGUUGUCUUCACGACCAAGGCAUGCCAGACACCCUCAUGCCUAUUUGGGCUGAUGACCUGUCUUUGCCACUUGUUGGGACAGCUGAGCAGAUCCCUGCUGCUGUCACCGUUUCUGCCACGGCCCUGCACCAUGCCUGCCAUAAAAGGGCAAUGUGCCCCAACUACGCCCCCGGCAAGACCGAGGCACUUGUGUCAUAUGCCGGCCCGGGCUCCAAGAAAGCUGCCAAGACCUUGUUUGGCACCGGAUGCGGCACGCUUCCGCUGCCAGUACAGCCGGCGGUGCAGCUGCGCUGCGUUCUGCAGUAUUGCCACCUGGGAACUAUGCUCAGUGCCAAGUGCAGGCCAACAAGGGAUCUCCAUCGCAAGAUCGGUUUCGCCAAGAGUGUUGCCAGCCAGCUUGCUAAGAAGGUUCUCCGUCGCGAAGCUGUGCAGAUGCAAGCGCGGGGUUCCAUCCAUGAUGUGCUUGCUACCAGCCGAGCACACUACAGCGUUGCCGUCUGGGGCGGCCUCAACAGUCAAGAUGCUGCGCUUUGGGCUGCUGGCCAUGGCAGUCUCUACCGCUGCCUUGUCCGACCGCGCAGGGGAGCCGAAGGCCCUUGCUUUCCUUCCCUGCGUCCCCUCUGCGCCCAGGUCCUUCGACCCAUGCCGGAGGUUACGAUGCGCCUUCUUCGCCUGGACCAUCUUCGACUGAUUGCAGCCCAACAGCAGGAAGUGCUCCUGCAGGCCCUUCAACAAGAAGCCGAGGCUUCCGAGCAUUCCUGGCUGGCCACCGUCGAGGAAGACAUUGCAUGGCUGAAUGGCCUCUGGCAGAGAUCGCCUCCUCGCGGUGGACUCAUGCUCUUCAAAGGAGCCGAUGACUUCGUGGAAGCUGUUUUACACUUCCCCGGGAAAGUGAAGGGCCUCCUGCGACGGGCUAAACGGCACAGCACUGCUCGCCCGGGGCCAGACGCCUCCCCCCUGGACCCAGCCGAUCAGCCAGCUUGCCUUCCCGACGGCAACCUUUACAGUUGUCGCGACUGUGACAAGUGCUUCCCAGACCUGCACACUCUGCGUGCCCACCAGUGGAGCCAGCACAGGGUUUGUACGUUCUUGUCACAGAACACCCCGCAUGUUUUACAUGACGCGCCGAGGUCCACCCUCUCCGAUCUGGCUACAGCUAGCACAGAAACGCUGGAUGCGAUCACAGCACAGCUGAAUCCUGUUCAUGCUGAGCUUUUUGAGUCGCUCCUGCGAGCUGUUGGCAUUUCGUGA